GAUAACUUACCUUUUUAAAUAAAAGAAACACGUAUUGGAGUAGUUGUAAUUUAUUUAAAAUGACUAGAUGUGAAGUAGAUUCAGAGGAAGCCUAUUCGGCAUAUUUAAGUGGACAACAAGUUGACGAACUUUAUCAGUUCAAUUCAGAUCAGUGUAGGCCAUUACCACCACCUCCACAAUUCUAUACAACAAGAUCAGGAUUAACAUGUCGUCGAUAUUAUUGUCAAGUUUGUGGUCCACUAGCUAGAACAAAUUUAAAAACUGGUCCAGCAUGUAUUAAAUAUAUUGGAAAACUUCAGCGUCAAAUGGAUUGGAUUUCAGGAACAACACUGCCCGAUGCUUUGACACGAUCACGUGAAGCAAUGCUUCAUCAUAGUCAUUAGUAUCAUUAUGAUGAACAAGGACACAAAUUUAUCAGUGUAAUAAAAUCUACUAACUGAAAAUGUUUCUGUGGUAUUUGUUAGAUUGCGUUUUUAUAUUCCGACUCAUUCAACAAGAAGAGAUGAGAAUUUAAACUUUUACAAUAAGAUGAAAAAUGCAGUGAUUUGAUGACUAAUUUAUUCCCAUUUAUUUUUACGCAAAUAAUACAAACUACUCAUUAUGUUAA